UGUUUUGGUAUACAGCUGUUUAACUGUUCCAACUAGCCAUUGCCGCGUUUUUUAACAACAAGUAGCACCGUUCUAGAAGAUCACUUCUAAAAACUUAAACUUUUUUAUAUUUUUUUAUUAUAAAUCCUUGACUUGAGAUCAUAUACUAAAAUGUCAUAUGAUAUGUGCUCAACGCGCUGCUGUAAUGUUUGCCUUUUAACGGAAAUGGACAAACAGGUAAGAGGAGCCUUACCGUCCACGAAACCAUUUCCAACAAGAUUAAAGAAGUGCAGCGGCUGUCACCUGGUACUCUAUUGUAGUCGACUACAUCAACGCCUUGAUUGGGAGCUGCAUCGUGACUUCUGCAGGGCUGUUAAGCGAAUGAUGAACACGUAUAAAAUAAAGCACCCGUUCCUGAUAAGCGGUCAACCUUAUAAUAUAUUUACCAUGGAACGUGCUAUACUACAAGUGAAAUACUUACUUAAGACAGUGCUAAAACGAAAUCUGGAAUUCCAUGAAGAAGAAAUAACUUCCUUCCCAGCGCAUUGUGAAGUUUGUUACAGUUUCGAACGACUGUAUAGUUGUACUCGCUGUUUUGGAACUUCGUAUUGUUCAUCGCAACAUGCCGCAGAGGACAAGGAACGUCAUAAGAAACGUUGUAGUCAACUCCAAUUAUAUUACUGCCCAUACAAAGUGCAACCACGUAUUCCUCCCGAAGUGCUAUUAGGAAAAUUGUGUAAACGUGUGCCAGAUAUAUUGAAAGUGGACAUAAUUGGCGCUUACGAAUGUAUUUCUGGAAAACGAAUGCCAAAAGUGCCAACUGCAUGCAUGGAUAACUACCAAAUAUUCUCGUCUGUAGGAGAUUUUAGCUGUAUGGGCACAAUAUUAUUCUCACUCGAAUUCAUAGAUGUGGGUGCAAUUAAAGGCACAAAAUUUGUAAUUUUCAUCUUGGGCGCUACAGUGGAACAAGAUCUUUGGUUUCGUCAAGUGCAUACAAAUUGGUUUUUCCUACAAUAUCCACAAUUUACCAGAUUAGAAUUGUAUUUUAUUGGUCCUGAUGUUUUGGGCGCUGCUAAACGUGAAGUUACUUAUCAAUAUCUGGGUUCCGAUCGUACGGUAUUUUAUGAGAGUUACCGCAUGCUUUUCCAAGAGUUUACCAGAAUUAACCGUACUAAGCCUAAACUAAUUGUUGUUUUCAAUUGUGGUUUCUCUGAACAUGCGCCAGCCACUAUUGAGGAACAAAGAGAACAAAGCGAACGUCUUGGUAUACCAGGUGAUUCGUGUGCCAGCAAGGAUACAUGGUCGGGUGGCAUCUCGCAAAUUAUACAAACCUACGAUUUACCAAUCAUAUUUACCUCAUUAACACGCGUAGAAGCAGAUUUAGAUUUUGGCGCCAUAAAACGUAUAGCCUCAAUGGAUCGCCUGGAGACACAUAUCACACGUCUAUUUGAUGUAAAGGUGAAUCCAUAUCGCGACAUCCGUCCAUUACGUAACUGGCAGAGAGAGAAUGACGAUGACAUUUUCUAUCGUAAUGGUUACAUUCAAGGUUUUACAUCGCAUGUUGCGAACUAAGUUGCGCAUUAAGUACAACGCAACACAAGCAAACGCUAUGUCAGUAACGCAUUUAUUUUGUAUUACAAAGGCUAGUGUUUUUAACUUUUUAAUAUAAUAUCCAUAUAUUAGCUGUUAAAGUAAGCAUAUAGAAUAAAAGACUGCGAAUUUAGUUAUACAUUAAGCACAAUGCUAGAAUUACAUCUAUGUUGUAAGAUUUAUGACAAUUCUUUGAAUAAUAUAUGUAUUGCGUCUAUUUUAUAUGUUUUGUGAAAGAAGUUUAAUAAAUGUUUCAGCUAAUUUGAGCAAUGCAA